AUGCCCGCUUCGAUUGGUGUCAACCUGCGAGUAACUGGUAAUUGCCGUCAAGGAGGUCGUAAAUAUAUGGAAGAUUGUUUUUCAGUGGCUUAUCAGCAAACGGAAGACGAAAAGGAUCUAGAAUAUGCCUUUUUUGGUAUUUACGAUGGACAUGGUGGUGUGGAAGCAGCCUCCUUUGCCAAACAGCAUCUUAUGGAGAUAAUUAUCAAACACAAGAAUUUCUGGAGCGAUGAUGACCAGGACGUGUUGAGGGCUAUAAGAGAUGGGUUUAUUGCUACCCAUUAUGCUAUGUGGAGAGAUCAACCUAAAUGGCCAAGAACCAAUUCGGGCCUACCGAGCACUGCUGGCACCACUGCCUCAGUUGCAUUCAUAAGAAGAGGCAAAAUUUAUAUAGGCCAUGUUGGAGACUCCGGAGUAGUCUUAGGCUACCAGGAACCAGGUAAUGCAGAUUGGAAAGCAAAACCUCUUACAAAAGACCACAAGCCCGAAAGCCCUGAAGAAAUCAAACGAAUCGAAAGCUGCGGAGGAAAAGUAGUUGCCAAAUCGGGCGUACCGAGAGUGGUUUGGAACAGACCGAGAGUAGGCCAUCAAGGCCCUGUCAGGAGAUCUACUCUCAUAGAUGAAAUUCCAUUUUUAGCUGUCGCCAGGAGUUUAGGCGAUUUGUGGUCCUAUAACUCACAGAUGAAUGAAUUUAUUGUUUCACCAGAUCCAGACUGCUCAGUUGUAGAAAUUGAUCCUAAUGUACAUAGAUGUUUAAUUUUUGGUACUGACGGUCUAUUUAACAUGCUAAGCGCCUCCAAUGCAGUAUACAUAGUCCAACAAGUGGAAAAACACAAUGAACAUGAAGCAAUGAGUGAUGACCAUAAUAAAACCUGGCUGAAUCCCAGCAAACUAUUAGUCGAAAGAGCACUAGACAGAUGGAACGCAACAAAAAUGAGAGCCGACAAUACGUCAGCUGUAACUUUAAUGCUUGAUCCUCCAGGUCCUCCUAGAGCACAAGUAUUGAAGGACCGCAAAAAGAAUCUUCCUGAAAGUGGCCUUAAAAUUAUGACAAGAUAUGAUGGGAAUAAUUAUUUGUCCCAAGAAAGUUGUAGUAGUAGCCGUCAGGAACAAAAUGUUUCUGAUCUCAAUGAAACUAUUACUAGUUCUCCUGAAGCUAAGCCCCAAAAAAAUAAAAAAGAAGAAAAUUGUGCCUCAGAAAAUACAAGCAAUAUUAACUCAAUGUCUCAUGGUACAGUAAGUUACUAUCCUCUUAAAGAAAGAAAUUUUGUAAAGCUGGAAAGUACCAGUUCUGACUCUAGAGAGCCACAUAGAUUAUCUGAAGCCGGUAAAGAAAACAACACCAGCACUAGCAGUGUGAAAACUGAGGUGAAAACUGAAGAUCUUGCUAUACAAAUCAAUGAAAUAUCGAGCAGUAAUAUUGAAGAAAGUUUUUCAGAGGAAAAUGUGAAGGUUGAGUCGGUCAAUAUAAAAAAAGCUCCAAAAAGAAAGUUGAAGAUUGAGGGUGACCAACAAAGAAAAAGCUUGAGGCUGAGUUCGCUCAAGGAGGAAACCAAAAGGCAACCAGCCCCUUGUACUUUGGCCGAAGAAAAAUUGAGAAGAUUAGCUGCAGAAGCUGACAGGGUAAAGAUGGAAAAGGUGAAAAGUGAAUACAAUUAUAACAACAAUAACAAUAAUCAAGCAAGUGAUGAUGGCGAACCCAGCAUAGCACAACGAAUAAUUAACAACAACAAAAAUAGUUCAAAAAAUAAAGUUUCCAGUCAAUUAAAUAAUAAGAAACUUAAAAAAGUGCUGAAAACUGUGCUCACAAGAAUAGAUCCACUGGCUUCUGUAAAAAAUUUAGCGAAAUCAUUAAAGAUACAAGAGAAAGAAGGUCAAAUAAAAUUGGCUAAAGUAAACAAUCCGGAAUCAAGAAGAUCUACAAGAAGCAAUCCUCAAUCAGCAAAAAUAAAAGAGGAACCAGAAAAAAUAAAGGAAAAACCUGACAAAUCAAAUGAAAUACCAGUCAAAACAAAUAAGAGACCAAUUAAAACAAAUGAAAAACCAGACAAAACAAAUAGGAAAUCUAUUGUGAAAAGUGAAAACGCCAAAACUACAAAAAAGGUUGUGAAAAACAAAAAAGUUAUAACAGGAAAACUCAGUAGUUUUAAACGGCAGACCAUUGAAACUGCAUCACAAAGCCCUAUCAAUAAGGGUGUGGCAGCUAAAAUAUUACCAAAAACCACUGAAAAAGUCUUGAAUCCGUUCAGAACCGCCAAAAUUCCCUUGAAUAACGCUGUUAAAAAAGUGGUUAAAACAUCGGAAGAUCCAAAGAAAAAUUCUGAAUCGCAAGUAUUAAGGGAGACUCGGAGUACUCAAGGAGAGACAGCACUUUUGAGAAGGUCUGGCAGGAUUUCUGGUUCGAGUAAUACGAGUGAAGCCAAAGAAAAUAUCAGGGAUGUUACCACCAUGAAUGGUUCAAAAAGUAGUUCGUCGAAAUCGGAACCACCCAAAAAGCAGCCAACAGAACAGAAAAGCUCACUAAAACAAAGGAUACAGGACCAAACGAAAAGCCUCAGAAAGACUGCAUUGAAAAAAUCCAGAUAA